GAGUCCACUCCAGAGAAGAGGAGGCUGAGAGAGAUUCUUCUUGAUCCCUCGUGCUGAGCCUAGCAAAGGUGAGGUUAAACUUCCCAAACUCGUUUUCUUUUCGUGAAGUCUUGUUGAAACUGUAUCUUCAUUCACCCCUACGCCUUUAAGGACCUGAAGCCAGACUCGUCCAUUUCAGAACGAUGGCAACGGAAAAGAAACCAGAAUCUGAAGCCCGGAAAACACAACCUACACCUUCCUCCUCAACCAAUCAGAGCAAACCUGCCCCUGUAAACCCAAACUACACCUUAAAAUUUACAUUAGUAGGACAUACUAAAGCUGUUUCUUCGGUAAAAUUUAGCCCUAAUGGAGAAUGGUUAGCAAGUUCUUCUGCAGAUAAACUCAUUAAAAUUUGGGGAGCAUAUGAUGGAAAAUGCGAGAAAACAAUAUCUGGGCAUAAACUGGAAAUCUCAGAUGUUGCCUGGUCUUCAGAUUCCAGUCUUCUUGUGUCUGCUUCCGACGAUAAAACUCUUAAAAUCUGGGAAGUGAGCUCGGGGAAAUGUCUAAAAACCCUCAAGGGACACAGCAAUUACGUCUUUUGCUGUAGCUUCAAUCCCCUCUCCAACCUCGUCGUUUCCGGCUCUUUUGACGAAAGCGUAAGGAUAUGGGAAGUGAAAACGGGAAAGUGUCUCAAGACAUUACCUGCUCACUCUGACCCAGUUACAGCUGUACAUUUUAAUAGUGAUGGAUCUUUGAUAGUGUCUAGUAGUUAUGAUGGUCUCUGCCGUAUUUGGGAUACGGCGUCGGGGCAAUGUUUAAAAACACUUAUUGGUCAUGAUAAUCCUCUUGUGUCUUUUGUGAAAUUCUCUCCAAAUGGUAAAUAUAUUCUUGCUGCAACUUUGAAUAAUAUUCUUAAGCUAUGGGACUACAGCAAGGGGAAGUGCCUAAAGACAUAUACUGGCCACAAGAAUGAAAAAUACUGUAUUUUUGCUAACUUUUUAGUCACCGGUGGAAAGUGGAUUGUGUCUGGGUCAGAAGAUAACCUUGUUUACAUUUGGAACCUUCAGACAAAAGAGAUUGUGCAGAAAUUACAGGGUCACACAGACGUUGUGAUCUCCACAGCUUGUCACCCAACAGAAAACAUUAUUGCAUCAGCUGCAUUAGAAAAUGAUAAAACUGUUAAACUCUGGAAGAGUGACUGUUAAACAUUUUGAAUAUCAUGUUAGAGACUGUAUCAGCAAGUAGAUCCUAUUGGGCAAAAAACUUAAAUAUCUAAGAAUGUGGCUUCUUGACCCCAGAAUGAGUAGCCUGGUAAGAAAAGGAAGUAUAUGCUUGAUUUGACAGGAUCUUUUUUCUACUUUUUUUAAAGGAAGGAAGCAAACAGUUAAAAAUGUUCUAGGCGCUUAUACAAAUAUUAUCUUAUUUGAUCCUCACAACAAGCCUGGGAGGUGCUAUUAUUAUUAUUAUUCAACAGUUGAUGAAACCCUGACAGACAAGCUAAGUGAUUUCUCACAGGUAGCAAAUGCCUUAGACAGGAUUUUGAGCUUAGAUCUUCCUCACUCCAGGUCCAGUGCUAUCUACUGUUUCACCUUGCCAAGGGAAAAUUUUGCUUAUAUUACUAGAAGAUCUCAAAAAGCUUUGGUGAUAGUUCUUGGCAACUCUUCUAAUGCUGUCAAAGAAAGAGUUUUAAUCUA